GGUAUAUCGCAUGUUUGCUUCACGCAAGCACUCUAAUCUGGUUUUUGCUUCUUCUGGCGUGCCUUUAAAGUCUCCAUUUUCUCCUUAAAACCCCCAUUUCUCCCCUUUUCCUAGAGCACACAGAUUCACCAAAGCAUAAAUCUACUCUCUUUAUCUCUUCCAUGCCCUAAUUUAUUAAUCUGUGAAACUGAGAAUAUUGGUUUCAGGAAAUGAGCGGAAAUACUAGCACUAGCAGCACCGGUGGCGGUGGCGGUGGUGGACCAUGUGGAGCUUGCAAGUUUUUGAGAAGAAAGUGUGUGGCAGAGUGCAUAUUCGCGCCAUAUUUCGACUCCGAGCAAGGAGCCACCCAUUUCGCGGCGGUGCAUAGGGUUUUCGGUGCCAGUAAUGUCACCAAACUCCUCCUGAAUAUUCCGGUUAACAAGCGCCUCGAUGCCGUCAUCACCAUUUGUUAUGAAGCUCAAGCUAGGCUCAGAGAUCCUGUCUAUGGAUGUGUUGCUCAAAUCUUUGCCCUUCAACAACAGGUAGCAAGUCUACAAACUGAGCUCUCUUAUUUCCAAGCACACUUAGCAACCCUAGAGGCGGUGGCACCUCCACCACAACCACCACCUCCUCCACCACCGCCACCACCCCAUUUACAAUUCACACGGGCGGGAUUAUCCAUAAGUGACCUCCCAACAACCACAUCCACAUGCAUCCCCACUACCUACGAUUUAUCAUCACUUUUUGAACCAACAACACUAAAACCUUCUUCAUGGACCAUGCAACAGAUGUGUCCCCAUCAUGAGUUUAGCAGCUGUAACACCAUAGCUCCGCCGGCUGACAUGCAACCAUCACAGAACAACGACGUUAAUCUUCAGGAGUUGGGUAAAUUUGUGGCUGUGCCAUGUAGUAGUGGGACAUCAUUGCCACCGCAUGGUAGAGGAGAUGAGAUAGUAUGACUUUUAUUUUGAUUGUAUUAAUUUCAUCAUUUAAUGGAAUUAUGGCAGUAAUUAUUAAUUAAUGUACAUUGUAGUUUAUUUGUAACGCAUCUUACUUUUAUUUGUUAAGAUCGAUUGUAGUAAACUUUUGUUCGAAAGUCGGAUAA